AUUGCAAAAAGUGUUUUCUUUCUUUUCUUUAAAAAAAAAAAAAAAGUCUGUGCAGGCAGUUAAUAGCCAAGAGCGUGCUCCUGCUGGGGGAUGCAAAGGAGAAAGGCGGCAGCACAGCAACCUGCUGGGGGCUGACCUGAUUCCCUAGAAUCCUCAGCUCUCUUCCUCUUUCCUCCGACGUCCUUCCUUCUCCUUUUCUCCUCUCCCCACCCCCUACCCCCCUUUUCCCUUCCCCAGAUAAGCAGCUCCAGGAAACAAAGAACGCGGGCUCUCCAGGCAUCAGUGCUUAAGCCCAGCACCAGGCAAGCAGCAUCUCGUUCUGGGGACCAGGGCUUUCCCGGCUCCACGUCCCCUCCCCAACCUCCCCCGCCUCCCGCGCUCGCUCGCUCCCUCCCCGCCCGUUGCCUCCCCCACCUUCGCAGCGGCGCUGGGAGGAAGGCGGCCGGGGCUCAAGAUGGCUUUAGCCGGGCUCUGCGCCCUGCUCGCCUGCUGUUGGGGGCCGGCGGCGGUGCUGGCCACGGCCGCCGGCGACGUGGAUCCCUCCAAGGAGCUGGAGUGCAAGCUCAAGAGCAUCACGGUGUCGGCGCUGCCCUUCCUGCGCGAGAACGACCUGAGCAUCAUGCACAGCCCCUCGGCCUCCGAGCCCAAGCUCCUCUUCUCCGUACGCAACGACUUCCCGGGAGAGAUGGUCGUGGUGGACGACCUGGAGAACACCGAGCUGCCCUACUUCGUGCUGGAGAUCUCAGGGAACACGGAGGACAUCCCUCUGGUGCGCUGGCGGCAGCAGUGGCUGGAGAAUGGCACUUUGCUUUUCCACAUCCACCACCAGGAUGGUGCCCCCAGCCUCCCUGGACAAGACCCGACCGAAGAACCCCAGCAUGAGUCAGCAGAGGAGGAGCUGAGAAUCCUCCACAUCUCGGUCAUGGGUGGCAUGAUUGCUCUGCUGCUGUCUAUCUUGUGCCUGGUGAUGAUCCUGUACACGCGCCGGCGCUGGUGCAAGCGCCGCCGGGUCCCCCAGCCCCAGAAGAGCGCCAGCGCCGAGGCGGCCAACGAGAUCCACUACAUUCCUUCCGUGCUGAUCGGUGGGCAUGGUCGUGAGAGUCUGCGCAAUGCCCGAGUGCAGGGUCACAACUCCAGCGGCACCCUGAGCAUCCGGGAGACACCCAUCCUGGACGGCUAUGAGUACGACAUCACCGACCUGCGCCACCACCUGCAGAGGGAGUGCAUGAACGGAGGGGAGGACUUCGCCAGCCAGGUCACCCGCACCCUCGACUCCCUGCAGGGCUGCAACGAGAAGGCGGGGAUGGACCUCACACCAGGCAGCGACAACGCCAAGCUGUCGCUGAUGAACAAGUAUAAAGAUAACAUCAUCGCCACCAGCCCCGUGGACGCCAACCACCAGCAGGCCACUUUGCUUUCUCACACCUCCAGUAGCCAGAGAAAGCGGAUCAACAACAAAGCCAGAGCUGGUUCCGCCUUCCUGAACCCUGAGGGGGAUUCUAGCACAGAGGCCGAAAACGACCCCCAGCUGACCUUUUACACUGACCCCUCUCGGAGCCGAAGGCGCAGUAGAGUGGGCUCUCCCCGAAGUCCCGUGAAUAAGACCACCUUGACGUUGAUCAGCAUCACCAGCUGCGUGAUCGGCCUUGUGUGUUCUUCUCACGUCAGCUGUCCUCUCGUCGUCAAAAUCACCUUGCACGUCCCCGAGCACCUGAUCGCUGAUGGGAGCCGCUUCAUCUUGCUGGAGGGGAGCCAGCUGGAUGCCAGUGACUGGUUGAACCCUGCCCAAGUGGUUCUCUUCUCUCAGCAGAACUCCAGUGGGCCCUGGGCCAUGGACCUCUGUGCCCGGCGGCUCCUGGACCCCUGUGAACACCAAUGCGACCCCGAAACUGGUAGGCGGGAGCAUCGGGCAGCGGGGGAAUGCCUCUGCUAUGAAGGUUACAUGAAGGAUCCAGUGCACAAGCAUCUUUGCAUUCGGAACGAGUGGGGAACCAACCAGGGGCCUUGGCCUUACACAAUAUUUCAGCGAGGCUUUGACCUGGUUUUGGGAGAACAGCCUUCUGAUAAAAUAUUCAGAUUCACCUACACCCUGGGCGAGGGCAUGUGGUUGCCUCUCAGCAAGAGCUUUGUGAUUCCACCAGCUGAACUGGCCAUCAACCCAUCAGCAAAGUGUAAGACAGAUAUGACAGUGAUGGAAGAUGCUGUGGAGGUCAGAGAGGAGCUGAUGACCUCGUCCUCCUUCGACAGCCUGGAGGUUCUCUUAGAUUCCUUUGGACCAGUACGAGAUUGCAGCAAGGAUAACGGGGGCUGCAGCAAGAACUUCCGUUGCAUCUCAGAUCGCAAACUGGACUCCACUGGCUGUGUGUGCCCAUCCGGACUCAGCCCCAUGAAGGACAGCUCCGGCUGCUAUGACCGCCACAUCGGGGUGGACUGCUCCGAUGGCUUCAAUGGAGGCUGUGAGCAGCUGUGUCUGCAGCAGAUGGCGCCCUUCCCAGACGAGCCUGCCUUGUACAACAUCCUCAUGUUCUGCGGGUGCAUCGAGGAUUACAAGCUUGGUGUGGAUGGACGUUCUUGCCAGCUCGUCACGGAGACCUGCCCAGAGGGAGGUGACUGUGGGGAAAGCAGAGAGCUUCCCAUGAACCAGACCCUCUUUGGGGAGAUGUUCUUUGGUUACAACAACCAUUCCAAGGAGGUGGCUGCUGGACAGGUACUGAAAGGAACAUUCAGGCAAAACAACUUUGCUCGAGGUUUAGACCAGCAACUGCCAGAUGGUCUUGUGGUGGCCACUGUCCCCUUGGAGAAUCAGUGCCUUGAGGAAAUCUCAGAGCCUACCCCUGACCCUGACUUCCUGACUGGGAUGGUGAACUUCAGUGAGGUGUCCGGAUACCCUGUGCUGCAGCACUGGAAGGUCCGCUCUGUGAUGUACCACAUCAAACUCAACCAAGCGACCGUCUCCCAGGCCCUCAGCAAUGCUCUCCACUCCCUGGAUGGGGCUACAUCUCGAGGGGAUUUUGUAGCCUUGUUGGACCAGUUUGGCAACCAUUACAUCCAAGAAGCUAUCUACGGCUUUGAGGAAUCCUGCUCCAUUUGGUACCCAAACAAGCAGGUCCAGCGGCGACUCUGGCUGGAAUAUGAAGACAUCAGCAAAGGCAACUCCCCAUCUGACGAGUCCGAGGAGCGGGAAAGAGACCCCAAGGUGCUGACGUUCCCAGAAUACAUCGCCAGCCUGUCAGAGUCUGGCACCAAGCGCAUGGCGGCCGGAGUCCGCAUGGAGUGCCAGAGCAAGGGACGAUGCCCCUCGUCCUGCCCCCUGUGUCAUGUGACAUCCAGCCCGGACACCCCUGCCGAGCCAGUUCUGCUGGAGGUGACCAGGGCAGCCCCCAUCUAUGAACUGGUGACCAACAACCAGACCCAGAGGCUCUUGCUGGAGGCCACCAUGAGCUCCCUCUGGUGCUCAGGGACUGGAGAUGUCAUCGAGGACUGGUGUCGAUGUGACUCCACAGCUUUCGGAGCCGACGGACUGCCCACUUGCGCGCCUCUCCCGCAGCCCGUGCUGCGACUCUCCACAGUCCACGAGCCCAGCAGCACCCUCGUGGUCCUGGAGUGGGAGCACUCAGAGCCUCCAAUCGGGGUGCAGAUUGUAGAUUAUCUCAUCCGUCAAGAGAAGGUCACCGACAGGAUGGACCACUCCAAAGUGGAGACUGAAACGGUGCUGAGUUUUGUGGACGACAUCAUCUCCGGAGCGAAGUCGCCUUGCGCGAUGCCCUCUCAGGUCCCGGACAAGCAGCUCACCACCAUCUCUCUGAUCAUUCGAUGCCUGGAACCCGACACCAUCUACAUGUUCACCCUGUGGGGAGUGGACAACACAGGUCGACGCUCCAGGCCAAGUGACGUGAUCGUGAAGACCCCUUGCCCUGUGGUGGACGAUGUCAAAGCCCAAGAAAUAGCAGACAAGAUCUACAAUCUCUUCAAUGGCUAUACCAGUGGGAAGGAGCAGCAGACCGCCUAUAACACGCUUCUGGACCUGGGUUCCCCCACACUACAUCGAGUCCUCUACCACUAUAACCAGCACUACGAGAGUUUUGGGGAGUUCACCUGGCGCUGUGAGGAUGAACUGGGCCCCAGGAAAGCUGGCCUCAUCCUGUCUCAGCUUGGGGAUCUCAGCAGUUGGUGCAAUGGACUCCUUCAGGAACCCAAGAUAAGCUUGAGACGCAGCUCCCUCAAGUACCUGGGCUGCCGCUACAGCGAGAUCAAGCCCUAUGGACUUGACUGGUCAGAGCUCAGCCGGGACCUCAGGAAGACCUGCGAGGAGCAGACCCUGAGCAUUCCGUACAAUGGUUAUGGGGACAGUAAAGACAUCUAGCGCCACGAUCCAGAGAGCGGCCGCCACAGGAGGAAGAGAGGAGGGGACCGUCUGGGUUGGUGUGCGGAUUUUUAAUAUUUUUAAUGGAACAUUGAAACCUCCACAGGCAACAUCAUAGCCAGGGAGAAGGUGAUCCUUGAUCCCUGCAGAAUUUCUUUGGUAUCAUGUUCUCAUCUGCAUGACCAGCUAGCCUUGCUAGCUAGGGCUUCACCAGUUUCUCUUUAGGGGCUUACUUUGGGGCUUGUUUUGCCGUUAAUUUGUUUUGUUCGUUUUUUUUUUUUUCCCCAAGAGGUUCAUUAGAAUGCUCAAGAGUUCUGCCAUGCUUCUCAUGAAAGGGCCAUCAGGUUGGUGCACCUAUGCUGGGUUGCUGCAUUACUUACAGCUGGAGACAGAGAGGAGGCCAGCAAGUUGUUACAGCGGCCCCAGGCCUCAGCCUCACGCGUUCCUGGGGAGGCAUCUCACGCUGGGAGCCUGAGCUCUGCUCUCAGAGAACAAGAACAAAGUCGAGAAGGUGGCCCCUAUGUAGUCUCACAGUUUUCCCCCAGGCCAUCCGAUUGCUGGAAAGGUGAACUCAGCCUCCCUUAUGGGCCCCAGCGGGCCUCCUGGAUUUUUUCGGUCCUCCCUCCACUUUAAGACAAGACUGGAAUUAAAUCUCUCUCUGGAAGAACUCUGCCCACUCCUCCAAUAUGGUUUUUAAGAGACGACAAAAAAUGCUACCCGUCAGAUGCCCCUGCAGGGCUGUCUCGCCUGGAGUCUAGUUAGCAGUCCCUGUUACAGCAAAGAAGUGUACUUUCUUGUUUCAGAAGACUUCUGUGCCUCCAGGGCGAGCUUCUUCAGACCAGCAGUAUUCAUCGCACACGCACAGCUGCGUUCUCUUUAGUGUCCACACCACUUGGAGCGCACGGUUAAGGCCGGGCUGAUGUCUCCUCUGGUCAAGAGGGAUCAAGACCUCCGUGUCAGUGUUUCAGUGUUCUGAAGUCACUGCGCAGCACAAAACACUUCUGUCUGUUCUCCCUUUGCCAAAUUGGCUUAGUUGUGUGGCUAGUUUUGCAGUUCAUUUCUCUACAUGGGGAUGCCACCAUUUGGGCCCCCAUCUAGUUGCCAGAAGUAGCAGAUUCUGUACAGGGGAGCCCCUCACCACAGGUAAGGGCUGGCCCAUGGUUUCUGUCCCACUCCCCCCGCGUUGGCACCGGCAUAAUGGCCGCAGGGCCCUGUGGACCAGCAAAGGCCUUAAGUGUCCCCAUAACCCUCCAAGCCUGAACACACACUUUCAGCCACUCUGCCUUUGACCAGGGCCCUUCUUUUGGAAACACCAGAGAAAAGUCAGGCAGGAGAUGCGGAAUCUGUAAGGCCAGCUGCUGAGCCCUACUGAUUAUUUUCUGGAAGAGUAAUAAUGACAGCUCAUUUAUUGAGUGCUUACUGUGUGCCAGAUGCUGCUCUAAGCACUUUACAUCUCCCUGAGGUCUCACACCACCACCCUGCACCCCCCACCCUGCAAGUGCUAUUCUUGGCUCCAUUUCAGUGAUAGGGAAACUGAGGCAAAGAGCGAUUAGGCAACUUGCCCCCACCCCCCGCCGCCUGGUUUCUCACUUACCGGAGCCACCAUAUGGAUUCAGGCUAUCAGACUCCAGAGCACAGGAUUUUAACCCCUCUCCAUCCUCAGCACUGCUUUCAGUAUUGCCUGGGGGUGGGGGCAGCUCUCCCCGCUGCUCCCUUGCCUCCUUGGCACUGGUUUGUGCGGUGUGCUGGAAGGGCCACACAGCGUGCUCUAACCCACAGCUCGAGUGCCCUUUGGGACCGUAGGUCUGCAGCACCAGCCUGGGAGUGAGCCUGUGGUUAGGCUGCAAGUGCAGGUUGGCCUCACGCUGCAUCUUUCCACAGAAGGCUUUAGAGAGGUCACACUCUGGAAGGCAGGCUCCCAGAGGGCCCCUCAGUUACAGAGCCAGAGGAGCGGGUGCAGGCAGCAGCCCAGGGGACCCCAGCCAAAGGAGCGGGGCCUUGGGGAGAGCUGGUUCUGCUACCCAUUCCUCUGUCUUUGUUCAGGUCUCACGGAAACCCAAGUCCACGCUGCUGCCAACUAGGAGAACCCCUCGCCUGGGGCUACUGCUGCCUUGGGCCAGGGAAGGGGUGGGGAGUGGCAUCAGGGGCAGCAUUCUUUGUCCCUCCUGUGUUACUAACAUAAAAGAGGCUCACACUGUCCUUCUCCCCUCCCCCUCCACUCCGCCAGGUCCUCUACCUCUUGUUCACUUGCUUCAUCUUCCUCUGCUUCUCCUGUCCUGUCCCCUCCUCCUCAGCCCCUUCCUUCCCCUUCAGUGUCCCCUGCACCCUCCACACACCCUACACACUCUGCACAGUAUAUACACAUGCACACGCAUACUACACACUACACAAUAUAGACACGCUACACACAACAUACACACUACAUGGUAUAGGCACUGUAUACACAACACCCACUAUGCAUACAACACACACUACACAGUAUAGAUGCAUACUACACACAAUAAAUACACAACAUACUACAUAGACAUACACUCUACACAGUAUAUACACACACACACACACUACACACACACUACAUGGUAUAGGCACACACUGUAUACACAACACCCACUAUACAUACAACAUACACACUACACGGUAGACACAUACUACACAAAUUACUCAACAUACUACAUAGCAUAGACACACUACACACACUGUACAUAUAACAUACUACACACAAUCUACAUGCUCUACAGAGUAUACACACUACACACUAUACACAUGUGCACAUACUACAUACACUGUACACCUUACAUAGAGUAUACACACAAUAAACACACUGUACACACCCUAUGCAGAGUACACACAUACUACACACACUACAACAUACACACCACAGAUACACUGUACAUGCUCUACACAGUCUAUACACACACUACACAGGCACAACUGUAGGCACACACAUUAUACACACAGACUAUAUGCACACACGCUACACACAGCCAGAUGUACACACUACAGCAUGUACACUUUCUACACAAUAUACACAGCGUACACACACAUGGUGCACACAGUUAUCUACACACAUGCUACACACUCCACACAGAGUAUACACACACUAUAUAUACACAGUACAGACACACAUUAUGUACACAAACUACACACACACACUGUACAACCCCUGUGGCUGGGUCCCAUCUACUUUCAAGUAAAAAAUACGGCCAUUAUGGAGCAGGAAGGAGCAUUAAGAUCCCCUGAGGAACUGACUGGAAGACAUUUGCCCCAGGACAGCACCGUUGGUCACAGCCUGAGGGCACGGCCUCCACUUUGACUGGAGGAAGCCAUUCUGACUAGAAAAGGCAAUGAUGGGCCAGUAUUAAACCUCAACUUCCAAGCUGCCGAACAGGCCUCAGUGAGUCGCUUUGACCCACCAACACUCACCUGCCCCAGGUUCCCACAAGACCGCUGUGUCUCCUCCCGAGUGGACAUGACUCGCCGGAACAGCAUUCGCCCUUUAACUGAAAGUGCAAUCAUUUCUCAUGGAGUUUGGUCCGUUCUUUACUUUUAGUUAAUCACACUUCUUGAUAUUUGAAAAUGUUCUAUUAAAAAAUUGAGUGUGGAAAAAACCCCACUUUGCUACUAGAGAAAGAAGAGAGAGAGUACAAUGCGACCAACUGCAGGUAUAACAGUGUUGUUUAAAAGAAUCAUUGUAUGAUUAUACAAAUGGAAUCAUCAACUAAAUAAUAAAUGAAGCUGUUAGUAAGUGU